GUAUUUAAAGCACUAGAGCGCCCGGACAUUUCAUUCCCUAAACCGCACGCGCACUGAAGAGCCACUGAAUGCUUAGGAUUGAAUAAAGAAGAUCCAUAUUAUACAAAUCACAGGGCGCAAUCAGGAGUACUGUGCACCAUGGCUUUAGUAAAUCUUAUGCUUGAGCUGUGUUUUAAGUCUUACUUUCUCCUAGUUUUUAGGAGUUUGUUAGUCGGAGCUGCCCCUGAGCAUGGAAGUCUGUACAUGUGGAUUGAUGCCAGGCAAGCACGGAUAUUAUUAGGUUUCGAGGAGGAUAUUUUAAUUGUGUCCGAGGGUAAAAUGGCCCCGUUCACCCACGACUUCAGGAAAGCUCAGCAGCGCAUGCCUGCCAUCCCUGUUCAGAUCCACCACGUGAACUUCACCUGGCAAGUAACUGAUAAUCAGGAGGAUUACUUUUAUGAGUUCCAGAGUCUGCGUUCAUUUGACAAGGACAUCAUGGAUGACCCAAUCGUCAAUGUUCCUCUCUUAGGCUCUGUCCCACAUACAACUUCUGUGAUUCAGGUAGGCUUUCCGUGCCGAGGCGAGCAAGAUGGUGUGGCAGCAUUCGAGGUCACCAUUCUGGUAAUGGACAGGGGUGGAAACAUCGUUCUCAGGACUCCACACAAUGCCAUUUUCUUUAAGACCUGCCAGAAAGCGAAGUGUCCUGGCGGCUGUAGGAAUGGAGGCUACUGCAGCGAGAGGCACGUCUGUGAAUGCCAGGACGGUUUCUAUGGCACACAUUGUGAAAAAGCCUUAUGUUCACCAAGAUGCCUGAACGGAGGCAUGUGCAUGAGUCCAGGGGUGUGUAUUUGUCCUCUCGGCUACCAUGGAGCCAGCUGUGAUAGAGCAAACUGCAGCACUACAUGUUUGAACGGUGGAACUUGUUUCCAUCCUGGAAAAUGUAUUUGCCCUACAGGAUUUGAAGGUGUCCGCUGUGAAAUGUGUAAAUGCCACCAGCAAUGCAAAAAUGGAGGCAAAUGUAUAGGAAAGAACAAAUGCAAGUGCAGCAUGGGCUACCAUGGAGAUCUGUGCUCAAAAGCUGUCUGCGAGCCCAGCUGUGGAGCACACGGGACCUGUGUGGAGCCCAACAGGUGUCAGUGCCAGGAGGGUUGGCACGGACGUCACUGUAAUAAGAGAUAUCGCGGGGGAUUGCCAUUCCCCAACCGCCAAACAAACCCCAGGCCCAAGUCCCACAGCACGUCAGAGAAAGAAACAAAGGAGGCUGCCAACAAUAACCGCCCAUCAGAGAGCAACUAUGUAGUUUAAGGUUUGGCUGUCCUUUACGACCGCCUUUGUCCAUGACCCAGCCUCUUCAGGGAGGCUCAUCCUCAUCACUCUUCAUGAGAACCUCCCAUCUCAGACUGCUGCUUCCAGCAGAACCAGACUUUUGUAUUUUUGUACACCAUAUUCUCUUUCAGAACUCCUUUGAUCGAGUAUCUCUCAGCCCUGACAGACUCUCCUUCUGUGCUGCAGCCACGGCAAGGGAGUGCCUCUGCUGAAAAUGUGGACAUGAAUCACAGGGAGUACAGUACAUUAUAGGCCAGAAGUUCUUUUGUGUGGGUAUGACUUGACUGACGAUGGUAAUUACUGUGUUCAGCUCAUAUGCAUGGAUUGGCUAGUCUGUCUGUUUCUCUUUAUCACUCUCUCUCUCUUCUAUAUAGAGACAAUGAACAGACUGUUACACACCAUCUGUUAUGUUCCCUUCUCCUGUGUAUUCUGCAGUGUAUAUGCCAUAUGAAAUGGAAAUAUUUAGAUCUUAAGACAAAGUAGUAUAGUCAAUAUGUAUUAUUUUUAUAUAACAAGCAGAUAAGAUGUUAGGUAUACAAAAGCAAUUAAUAAUGAAAUACCACUCAAUAAAAAAAACUGUUCAUUUAUGUUCUGAAA